AAAUUCAGUAUAAAGUCAUCACUACGCUCCCUAUCGAGAGACGUUCACUGUUCACACCAGACAUCAAUAAUCUCAACCAUCCAUCACCAAAACGAUGCCGUUCAACAGAAUAUCGUUUGGACCAUCGGCAGGUUCUCCACUUGCAAUAUUCAAAGCUCCGUUAGCUGAAUUCAUCAGCACCCUCAUAUUUGUUUUCGCGGGCGAAGGAUCAGGCAUGGCCUUCAACAAGCUGACUGACGAUGGUUCCACCACUCCGGCCGGCCUUAUUGCAGAAGCAUUGGCUCAUGGUUUUGGCCUCUUUGUCGGCGUCUCCGUCGGUUACAACAUCUCCGGUGGGCAUGUGAACCCCGCCGUGACAUUUGGGGCGUUUAUUGGGGGACAUAUUAGUUUGACAGACGGCAUUUUGUAUUGGAUUGGUCAGCUUCUUGGCUCAACAGUUGCUUGCUUGCUCCUUAAAUUUGCCACUAAUGGCAUGACGACUUCAGCAUUUGCAUUAUCUUCUGGAGUAACUGUGUGGAACGCAUUUGUUUUUGAGAUCGUGAUGACUUUUGCGCUAGUUUACACCGUUUACGCCACCGUCCUCGACCCAAGGAAGGGUAGCGUGGGGGUGAUAGGACCACUAGCCAUUGGGCUCGUUCUUGCAGCCAACAUUUUGGCAGGUGGGGCAUUUGACGGAGCUUCCUUGAACCCGGCCAUGUCAUUCGGCCCGGCUUUGGUCAGUUGGGACUGGACCAACCACUGGGUUUACUGGGCGGGUCCUCUGAUCGGAGGUGGGAUUGCCGGGCUUGUAUAUGAGACCUUCUUCAUCAAUCAGUCUUAUGAACCCGUCAGUGACGCUUAGCUCAAAUAUUAGGACAAUGAAGGUGUGGUG